CUGAGUCACAUUUCCUCAGAUGCUCAACAUUGCUUCCAAGUCCUCAAUGUCAGCCGAUUCAGUUCAUUUAAAAUAUAAUGCUAAUAAUUAAAUUCGUUUGUGCACUGUACAUAAUGAAUUAGAUUGAGAUUUUUGAAGGACGGCCACGCCUUGUUUAAACUAUCAGGUUGUCGAAUACAAACGUGGUGCUCCCCUCGCGGCUAAGGCUUGUAGCAGCUCACGUUUUUAAUAAUGUCAAAGAGCGAUUUAGCGUGUGUGUACGCUGCCCUGAUGUUAGCUGACGAUGACAUCGACAUUACAGCUGACAAGAUAAAUACCAUACUGAAGGCUGCUAACAUAAAAUUUGUAGAAACUUAUCUUCCUAACUUAUUUUCUACAAUGUUGAGUGGAAAAAACGUCAAAGAUAUGCUAAUGACCAUGGGGUCGGCCGCGACCUCUACAGUUGCUGCCCCCUCGGCAGCUCCAACGUCAGCAGCUGACAGUACUGCUGAGAAGUCAAAAGAACCUGCAAAGGAAGAAAAGAAACCAGUUUCGGAUGACGAUUCCGACGAAUCAAUGGGUUUUGACCUAUUUGGUUAAUUGUAACCUAUGUACAAAAUAAAUUGGAUACAUAAUAUC